AUGAGUUUUACGUGGCAGCUCGCGGAUCGCUUCGCUGCCUUCGCGCUGGGCUGCUUAGGUGCCCCCCCGGCAAGUUCCUUGGAAACAGUGUCGAGAGCCAUCAGCUGCAAGGCUCAUCAACUCCUAGCAAAGCUGGAAGCCAGCUCGGCAUCAUGGGGAACGUGUCAGAGGUUGGAUCUUGUUGAGCUGCGAGAGUUGCUGUGCCACCUCGAGGCUUUAGCGAAGCAGCGGGCCGCCAAGCAGGCCGGGUAUCCGCAGAGCGAGCCAGGCCGUGAGGGUGUGUGCAGCGCCGAGUUCAAGCGCGCCUUGGGUGAGGCGUGUGGGGUGGAUGCCGACCGCCUCCCUUUGCUGCUCCCUCGAGACGCGGCUGGGAAGGUGGACCUGAUGGGGAUUUUCAGGAUGGGCUCCCAGAUUUCUGCCCCGGUGCUGGGAGACGAAGCCCAUUGCCGGGAGUAUGUGGACAAUGCCUCGGACUUGCCGGCCUCGUGUGCGGACUGGCACGCGGCGUGCGGCCUCGAGAACGAGGUCAAGGAAAGCUCUUGGGCAGAGGAUCUCGGCCGAAUCAACAAGCUUCGGGCUGCCAAUGCCUUUGGAAGCGAAGGCCGCGAGGUCUCUGGCGACUUGCUGGUCGCUCUCUCCCGCCGCUGCGGGAGCAGGAGGCCAGCCUUGGGCAAGACUGCGUUGCGUGCGCUGAUGGAGUUGUCGCGAAGCUCCCAAGACGAACGUGCCUGGGUGGCGAGGGGGGCAGAGAUCCUGACUUGCUGUUCAGCCGCCGUGUUGGUGACAAAGGUGACCGCCCGACUUUGCGACGAGACCCUGCAUGCUAUCCUUCGCCGGUUGGUGGACUUUUCAACGGCGCUGGCUUUGCAGGCGGUUACAGCGGCCGCAAGAAGCCAGGUUGAAGCCGGGCAUCCGACGGCAGUCGUUGCCCUGCUGCGUGCGGCCGCGCAAGUUUCCUUUGGCCCGCUCGAGGCUGCGAGAUGCGCUGAGAGCGCUGCAGCCGCUGCAGCCGUGGCAAGCCUUCUGAAGGACAUCUUGAACAACCGCCGAUUUGCGAUGGCCUUCUCCGAGGCCCGGGCUCUCCAGCGCCAGCUCUCAAGGGUUGUGCAACCCGAGAGCGGACCUGAGAAGACCACCUGA